AUGAGCUCAAACUGCUACUUUGAUUUACCCGUCUCAAGGGUUAACAGAAUCCUUCGCCCUUUGCGCAACAAAUGUGCACUUCUUGCAUCUACCACAUCCUCAUCUUCACGACGCUCUCGCGCAGCGAACCCUAUCACUUACUCAUCCAACUCCCCCUCGUCACAAUGGCAAGCGGACGACCACCCACCUCUGGCAAUACUUCAGACCCCCCAGCACCUCGUAUCUCGCGUGCAUCUUGAUCGUCAUAGUCUCGGAAACUUGGACCUUUCGCGGAAGAUCUAUGCCGUUGUUGAUGCUUUCAAGAACGUUCUGCAGGCCUCUUUUGGAGCUGAACGGGAUGAAGGAGAGAAGACAGCAUUUCUGAGCUUGACGGAUAUUUGUGCAGCAGUCGUUGGAGAGAAUGUGCAGGCUGAGGUUGAAUGGACGGCGGAAGACGACGACGACGAAGAGGACAUCGAGGAGGAUGCGGAGAGGGCGAUAGUUGAUGACAUCUACGAAGCUGUCCCUUCACGCUUCCGAAGAUGGACUCUUGUUGCUCAUGCACUGUCGAUCGUCAUGGACCAAUGCCCACACCAUAUUACGCUCAUGACCUGCAUCCUCGACAUGACAAUCGCACACCGCCUACCACAUGAAUCUCGCCUUCUUCUCCACUCUCUUCUCGCAGUAGCACUCAGCCCGACGCGUGGCAUGCCUGCACCUCCCAUCUGCCAUCCCGCACACACUUCCUACCUCAAACAACUAUGCGCCAAGUGGACUUCCAACAAUACCGAAGGAGACGUUGGAUUAUCAACAUUCUUUUCCGAGAGGACCUUCGCGCGAAUUCUUGCUGACGUCAUGGCUGAUGUUGCUAUCGCAGAGGUUUGGACAUGCAAGGCCGUGUCCAGAUUUGCUCGCCAAGUCCAGUCGAGCGACUUCCUCGCUUUCCUGCCCUUGAUGGAUUCGUUAGUUCAGGUGGUGGCUCGGAAGGCACAUAUUCUGAAUACAAGACGAAAGUAUAGCAAGAAGUCCGCCGAGAUUUCGCCACAUGACGAUGAUGACGCCGUUCAGCUCUGUGAUCGUUUGACGAGGUGGCUACAGGUCUCCGCUUCUCGGCCUGUUUUGAGUCUCGAAGACGCUGGGCCAACAAAUGACGCCGACUCACCGGAGGAAAUUUGGUGCAUCAUCAAUAUCCUCAGCCAUGUUCAGCCUAUUGCAUUAUAUUCUUUUCCUCGAGACUCAAAAGUCGAAGACCCCUAUCGCGAAGUCCAAGAUGCCUUGGUCAAUCUGACAACACGGAUCAUUUCCUCCCCCUUCUUCCCUUCUUGCAGUCCCAAACAAUCAGCCUGUCUCCUCGACAUCGUACAGUCUAUCAAACCCCUCACCUCAACCUAUGACGGGCUCGUCAAACAAGCUUUCCCUGGCUCUUCAGCGGACUCAGCAUCUCCGCCACCGACAACAAGACCACCGCUGCAGGCCAGCCUGCGGGUAUUGCAUACUUACGCGACCUCCUUGAGGAACAACUCUCUCGGGGCUCUGGAAGCGUCUCUCUGGACCUGCGCCCUCCGAUAUUUCGAGCGGGAAGUCACGCUUUCUUCCCCCGCUGAUGCUCGCGAAACAGGACGCAUCAGGAAUCAACUCAUGGACGCCGUCAGUGAGGCAGAGCAGAGGCUUUGCGGAGCUACCCCCUCCACACAGGCGUCCCAGUCCACCGCAUCGGGCGACGAGCUGGAGGCGGAAAGCGCACCGGCUGGUGAGUGGGAAUGGGAGGAGAUGAUUGGUAGCUUCGUGCGCAAAUCGCCGUUGCUCGUGAAGACGGCACGUCCUGGUGUCAGUACUUUGAACAGGCGGAUGAGAACGAGGUCGUCCGCUCUUACGCAGGAGCCUAUAUCGGCACCGGUCUUCCGAACCCAAACGGCUGUGGCAUCGACAUCCAGGUCUUCCUCCACGAUGGCUGCUCGUGCUGCUCCCGUCCCCAUCAGUCACGAGACGGGCAAGAGGACGAAGUCGACGCCGUCGCUUUCGACGUCCGCUCCAGUCAAGCAGUCGAGCAACGUCAGGCCUCCGCGUUCCGUGCGUUCUGCUACACCGGGACCCUCGAGACCAUCCACCUCACAGACGUCCUCGAUUCCUGAAUCUCCCGGUCGCAGGCCAGUGAAGAAGCAAAAGCGCGAGCAUGGCGCUACUCACACCAUUCCAAUCAAGGCCGUAGCCAAGCUGUCCAAGACGUCAGCCCAUCAAUAUGCCUCAGCCCCUGUCCUUCGACGAACCCCUUCCUCGCAUUCUGCAUUUUCUUCCGCGUCAUCGUCGACGAAAACACUCGCCUCCACCACACAUUCCUCCGCUUCCUCGGCAUCCAUGUCCCAGGGCUCAAGAUCUAUCACGCCUCCCACCGAUGUCGAGGACAAGGCCGAAGACGAAGAUGAAGACGACGAAGACGAGGACGAUUUCGACAACCUGCUCACGCCGACGAAGAAGUUGAAGACGCGGAAAUUGACGAAUUUCAGGUCUAUGCUCGCGGAUUCGCAUAUGAACGCCAUAUGUUUGCAUCCCGAGAGGGCUUUGGCGAGGAAGCAAGCUCUGGCGCAGACUUCGGCAUCUGCUCCCCCUAUCAUUACGAGGAGAACCGGUGGUACUGGGAAGAGGCCGCCUGCGCCGAAGUCGUUCAGUCCGAGUCCAAGUCGGGAGCGUAGUCCAAGUCCUGCUCCGCGUCCUGCGAGUGCUCUGAAGCGUGCUCCGAGGUAUGCGUACGAGUACGGGCAUAGUGAAAGUUCGGAGUCGGAGUAUGGCGGUGGCGGUGGUAGUCGCGGUGGUGGUAGUGAUGUUUUGGAUGAGUAUGAGGAUGAGGAGGAUGAGGAGUUGGAUAGGAUUAGAGGCAGAAUGUCGAUAGGGCAUGAGUCGAUGUCCUCGGACGACGUGUUAGACCUUUUUGCAUAUGAUGAUUCUGUGUGAUUGGUUCACCGCAUCGAAUCUUGGUUUCAUGAUAGAGCACACCUAUACGCACAUAUAUUUGUUUGGUUUUAUGUCUGCACACCAUUCUACACGACUGAUCAUAUACCUUUUCUCCCCGCCAAUGUUAUAUAUCGUGUACGAGUUCACUUGUAAGCUACAC